UAUAUCAUCAUGUUGAGUUCAACAUAGCAUCGACUCAACUGCGAGCGAUUCUGAGACUGUGUGGCAAGGCAAACUCAUCUUUUUCGUAUGCGGUUGGCCACGUCAAGUGCAAACCAGACUAUUCUAUAACUAUUUAUUCAAGGCGUCUCAAAUCCAUCAGCGGCUGAAUUCUUUUGUAGCGACUGUUGACUAGGUUAAAGAUGAUUAGCACCGCCACGAAGGAUCAGGCAACCACUACAACAUUUAGGGUGAAACUUCAUAACUACAUCUCUUUGCUGUGUGCCUUGGCCAGCGGCUGCUGAAACAAUGUCGCAUAACAGCUAGCGACUUUGCGAAAACAAUCGCCGAGGUGUGGGAGACAGAUGUACUUUGGUAGCUUUUUUAGAUGCCGCACUGGUAUAUUAGUAAAGUUAUAAUCUCAGGCAAGCUAACGUGCAAUAACCAUAAAGGUUUGUCGCAUUAUCUCAUACUAUUACUGCAUCUGAGUAGAUCUUCGUGCAAAGUGCCUUUGGUUGGAAGACUCAUCGAGCAUGUCUGGACUCGAAAUCGUGGCUCUCGUGCCCAGCAUCAUUUCCGCGUGGUGUGCUGUCGCUGUGGAGUACAGAUCGUGGCGCAAACGGAGGGCGAAGCGGACGAGCGAACGCAAGAAUACCAUGUUACAGACUCAUCUACAGAGCAUUGCUCCGAUGUUAAACAGCCAGUUCCAAGAACACUUCCGGCGAGGAGGUGGCGCAUUCCAACGGGGCGACGGUAAGUUACUCGCUUCAAGAGAGAGAGAAACAAGGUCCAUGUUAAAGGGCUCGAAGCAUGAGGAAAAUAUGCUCUAGUGUCGCUGCGCUGAGUUCAAGUUCGCUGAUGGUUUUCUUUUUCACAGAGAUAGGAAUAUCUGGUUUAAAAGAUCAGUUAAUCCACGCCCAGAGGAUAGAGAUUGAUCUCCUGAGGAGCCAACGAGACAAUCCCAGCGAUGUGAUUCAUCCUAACCAUGAUUCUAUCUUCGGAGAGUCUAGCACUGGGCGCGAUCAGACCAUGGCAAUUCUUUCCCAGCAAUACCAACGCCUAUCGCAAGCGCAACCGAUUCAGCAAAUGCCACUAUUCGCAUCAUCUUCUCAAGGUCAAGUGGAUGUGUCACAAGCAAAUAAUUCCGGAGCCAUAGUGUUAUCCAACGUUGGUUUUUCCGGAAAUUCACCGAUUCUCAUGGACAGAAAGCGUCUCCAGGUGGAUGCCUAUGGAGUUGCCGAUUUCCAGAGCUGCACGAGUUCUGGUGG